AUGUUCAUGCGCAGGAACAAGGCAGACAUGGUGUCCAAGCUGUGCGCCAUUAUCAAGGAAGAGGUGGCAGUGCUGCGGACAUACCUUAAUGCCCUGGAGCAGCGUAUGGAUGGACUUGAAAUGGGCCGCCUGCAAGCUGAUCACCAUCAACAGGCUGCGGACAUCGCCACCACGAGGCAGGGGAACAUCUUGUUGGACCUCCGCCGGCAAAUUGAGGACUUAGACAACCAGGGCCGGCGGAACAAUAUUAGGGUUCGGGGCCUGCCGGAGGUGGAUGGAGAGGUGCCCCAGGAGCUGCUAAUAGGCCUCUUCGCCCAAUUGUUGGGGGAUAGUUACCCUCCCGAUUUCGGCAUAGAAAGAGCCCACAGGGCAUUGUGA